AUGGUUAAAACACGAUCUUCAGCGAGGGUAGUGAAUGCUGCUCAGAGUGAGAACGCUGCAAAUGGAAACUCUUCCGAAAUUAGUUCGCGGGUAAAAGCCUAUGACAACAGGCCACGUUCGCAAAAGACCAACACCACUAGGAACAGUCAGGCGCUGUCAAGUGGGGGUCCCGGGAGCGGGUCGCAGGGAAAGGACCCGCUUGCGGCCGCGAUCCCGGGGUCCCGCUCUAUGUACCAACAUCCCGCGGUUACGGGAUAUAACCCACAAGAUUCCCGGGCACAGUCUAUGCCAGUUACGGCCCGCCAGAACCCGAUGUACGCGAGCGGCAUGUACCACGGCUACAGCGGCGCGGGCGGCGCCACCCUCGCGCCAAUGCCGUCGCCCUCACCCACCGCGCCUUUGCCCCCUUUCCCUGUGCACCCGGAUGUUAAGUUUAAGAAGUUACCAUUCUACGAUGUGCUGGCAGAGUUAAUGAAGCCAUCCACAAUGAUGCCAAUGCAAGUGGGCCGCAUGCAAGAAGGCACCUUCAUAUUCCACCUCACACCGCAACAGGCCACAGAGAUUGCUUCAGGGAAAGAUAUUGUUGGAGCUAGUAAUAAACUUGAUUAUGUUAUACAAGCGCAGUUAAGGUUUUGUCUUCUAGAAACUUCCUGUGAACAAGAAGACUACUUCCCACCUAGUGUUAAUGUUAAAGUUAAUAAUAAGAUGUGUCCUUUACCAAAUCCAAUACCAACAAACAAACCAACACCAGAGCCAAAAAGACCGCCCCGGCCAGUCAACAUCUCGUCGCUAGUGAAGCUCUCGCCCACAGUAGCCAACACUAUCCACGUCACGUGGGCCUCGGACUUUACGAGGGCUUACGUGCUCAGUGUGUUUAUGGUCAGGAAGCUGACGUCAGCGGAACUGCUCCAGAGGCUGAAGAACAAGGGUACAAAGAAUGUAGACUAUACGAGAUCAUUAAUCAAAGAAAAGCUAUCAGAAGACUACGACAGUGAGAUAGCGACGACGUCGCUGCGGGUGUCCCUCAUGUGCCCGCUCGGCAAGAUGCGCAUGUCGUGUCCGUGCCGGCCCGCCAACUGCCCGCACCUGCAGUGCUUCGACGCCUCGCUGUUCCUACAGAUGAACGAGAGGAAACCCACCUGGCUCUGCCCUGUCUGUGACCGGCCGGCUCCCUAUGACUCGUUGGUGGUGGACGGGUAUUUCCAAGAAGUAUUAACGUCGUCGCGGCUGGCCAGCGAGUGCAACGAGAUCCAGCUGCACGCGGACGGCAACUGGUCGGCGCACGUUCCGCCGCCGCGCGCGCCGCAGCCCGUGCAGCCCGCCGCCGAGCCUGUCACGCUCAUAUCUGAUGAUCUUGAAGUCAUACCAGUAGAUGGGAAUAAUGGAGCAAAACGCGCCGCCGUUGGCGAAGGGAGAACACCUAAAACAACAGAAGUUCUCGUCGAUCUCACAUCCGAUUCUGAAGAUGAACUGCCUCUGAAAAGGAAAGUGCCACAGCCUAAGAGUUCACCGGCAUCCAUUGAGAGUAUUGCUAAAUCUGAUGACAACUACUCCACGUCGAAUGCGGAGGCGGUGUCGUCGAGCGGGUACCGGUCGCCGGGCGGCGCCGUGAUCUCGCUGGACAGCCCGUCGCCACCCGCGCCCGCCUCGCCGCGCCACGACGCGCACGCCGACGCGCACGCGGACGCGCUCACUCACACCGACCACUGUACAAGUAAUAACACAGAACGUGAGGAAAAUGAUGCCACGCCCGCGCACUGGGCGCCAUACGCCGAGUCAGAUAGGGACAGUCAUGACACAUUUCGAAGGUAC